AUAAAAACAAUAAUCCAAUUGACGAUUUGGAAAAUGUAGUUUUUAUGAACGAAGCGACAAAAAAUAAAAUUACAGCUGUACUCAUUGAGGAUGUAAAAAGUUAUCUCAUAACUUGGAUAAAUAGCUACGAGUUAUCUGUCGAUGGUAGGAGAAUUUUUAAGUUAAAUCAACAGAAAGAGCAAAAUGAUAUGUCAAAUAUGUCUCGCAAAUCUAAAAGUAACAGACGUAAAACUCAAGGUAGAUUCACUACAAAUCCUACGCAAUAUAUACAAUUUCAAAACCGGAAUAAAUAUAUGCAAGUUAUGGAAGGAGAACAUAUAAUUAUCAUAAAUAAGAAGACACAAGAUAUGAAGGAGGUAUUUGAUUAUGAAGAGAGUUCAAAAAGCAUACUUACUCGUAUGAUCAUUAAAACAUGGAUAAAUUCUUCUAUCUCCUCGACAGACUCAGAUCUUAAAGGAAUUUUUGCCUCAGCAACAGGAAGAUAA